CAUGUAGGUCAUGUGUUGCUGUUAGUAGAUGCAUUUGUUGAUAUGGGUGAAACAACAUUUCCUACCGAAGAGUUAGAAUUCAUGUGAACCUUUGUGUGAUAGUCACUGUCGGCAUGUCUGCUGUCUGCUUGAAGCUCAUAACCAUCCUCUGUCUCUCCUGCACAGCCCUGAGUGGCCCAGUGAGCAGUGGAGUGGAAUGGAGAGAUUUUGGAGGAGCCGUCACUAUCCAGUGCCGACUAUCCGAAGAAAGCCAAGAUUCUCUGAAUCUGAGGAAGGGUCUCAGUGAGGAGUUUGAAGUUUUUUACAAAGAUGUCAAAUCAGGAAAAAAUACCAUUGGCGAAGAGUUCAAGGGCAGACUUCAGUUAGAUGGAGUAUUCCCCAACAUCGACAUCCUCAUCAAAAACUUGACCUCUAAGGACACGGGACCGUACUGGUGCGUGUACAAGAAGUUUGAUCAGAAGUCCAGUCAAAACAAAAAGACGAAAGGCGCAGGAUCUUUGCUCCUGGUGGUGGCAGAAUCGCAGACUCAUCCUUCAACAGAUAGUACAGUGCAGCAGUGUUACCCUUCAAACCAGAGCCUGGUGUAUGUUUUGAUCUGUGGUGCAGUGCUGCUUGGCAUCAUCAUGUGUUUCCUCAUAUGGAUCAUCCUCAAGGACAAGUCUUUGCGCACCAAAAAGAAACCGAGAAGCGUCGCCACCAAUGAUGUUUACGAGGACAUGCGUGGACAACUCAGUCGCUGAAGAUGUCAGCCUGCAAGCGAGCAACCUCAAAACGCCUCAUCUUCACCGCUAAGACACAAGUGGUGCAUGUGAAGCAAUGUUGCAACUCUGCAUGUUCUCCAACAUCCCUUCAGGCAUUGUGUGUGUCUGGGUGAAAGACAGUUAAAACAAUGCGUCCCAUGAAUUGCUAAAAGGUACAACAUGGGAACAGCUGCAUUGUCAAUAAACAUUUUGACUUAAUGUAUGAAAAUACAUAACACAACUCUGUUUGAAAGUAGUGGAGAAGCAUAGAUGUCACAGUUUGUCCUGUAUUUCUUUGGCAAGAACUGGAUUGUACCCUGACAUGUAUUCUUUAUGUAAAUAUAUCUUCUUCAAUUUCAGAUUUUCUUUCAUGGUUUUGUACAGAGUUGAUACAUUUUUUGCAUAUGAUUUAUUGUAUUGAUACAGGCAGGGAUAAUUUGCCAUUUAAAGAUAUAUACAAUGUAUAGUAACAUUAAUAACAACUGUAAUGUCCCAUCUACAUAACCACAUGACCUUUGUAUAAUUCUUAUAUUUUUGUUGUAUUGUGCUUUAAUUCAAGUCCAAAUAAAUGAGAAGGAAAUACCAGGUUAACCAGAAAUGAGGAAAGUAUUUCUUUUGUAAUAUUUCCUGAGUGGGGGCGGAGGCAGUCUCUCCAUGUUAGGAGAGAAAUGACUGUCUAUGAGAUUUACAUAUCUAAAUAUGAUUAUCAAUAAAAAUCUGACGACAA